CGGGGGAUAAACGACCGUGGUUGGGGAUCCGAGGAGAUAUAUAAGGUGGUUGAGCACCUAGAUAUGUUUAAAAACAGCUUUAUAUUAGCAUGGUCUGCUUCUCAGUUAUGAGUUUACGCUGCUGAUUUUGACGUCAGUUCUCGCACUUCUUAGAUCUCAGUCACGACAUUGCCUCCGUCGGAUUCCAUCAUUCCAUGAUUGGUAGAUAUACACUCCGUCUGGCACAAAAUCCGAACAUCCGUCCACUUUCUGAGCCUUCUUCUGAACUCAUCAACGCAUUUCCACCUACCAUCCAUCCAACAUGUCGAUCCCCGCAACCCGACGAGCCUUGACGAUUCUCGGCCCCGGCGAAGUCGCCGUGCAAGAGCGUCCACUCUCCCCCACUCUCCGCCCGGACUACAUGCUCGUCAAAACCGCCGCGAUCGCGCUCAACCCAGCAGACUGGAAACUGCUCACGAGGCGACCGAACAAGGGCACGAUCCUCGGCCUCGACUACGCCGGCACCGUCGUCGCCAUCUCAGCCAACCCGACACAUGACUUCGCGGUCGGCGAUCGCGUCGCCGGCAUGGUCUAUGGCAACUACGUGUUCAACGCCGAAGACGGUGCGUCUGCCGACUACGUAUAUGCCAAGACGGGGAUUGCGUGCAGGGUGCCGCCCGCGAUGACGUGGGAGGAGGCGGCUACGCUGGGCGUGGGCGUCACGACGGUUGGGCAGGGGUUGUAUCAGAGUUUUGGGCUGCCGUGGCCGGGGAAGGCGGAGAUGGGGGAGGUGUUGGGGGGGAGGAGGAGCGUGCUGGUGUAUGGUGCGAGUACGGCGACGGGGACGUUGGCGGUGCAGAUGGCGAAGCUCUCCGGCCUCGAAGUGAUAGCAACAUGUUCGCCGCACAACUUUGACAUGGUCCGCUCUCUCGGCGCCGACGCCGUAUUCGACUACAAGUCCCCCAGCUGUGGCGCCGACAUCAACGCCUUCACAUCCAACAGCCUCCUCUACGCGUUCGACUGCAUCUCCGAAGGUACCUCGCUGGCAAUCUGCGCCGCCGCCCUGUCAACCUCGAGCCCUGGUGGCAAUGGCAUCACGCCAAAAUACGGCGUCCUCCUUCCCGUCCCGGAGGACAAGUUCCCGCGUGACGAUGUGAAGCCGGUGCUGACGCUGGGGUAUAGUGCGUUUGGGGAGAAGUAUCGGUUUCGAGGGGCGGAUUUUGAGGAGAAGGGGGAUUAUGUCUGGAUUGAGCGGUGGUGGACUCAUGUGCAGGAGCUGUUGGAGCGUGGGCUGAUCAAAGCGCACCCGCCAGAUGUGAGGGAGGGGGGACUGGAGGGUGUGGUGGCUGGAUUGAAAGAUCUCGAGGAUGGUAAGGUCAGUGGGGUGAAGUUGGUAUAUAUGUUAUGAGGUUGGUUUGGGCAGAGUGAGAUGGAUGGAGCUGGCUGGGUCGGGGAGGUACGUAACGACAUAGCGGAGAAUGUUAUGUGUGUCGCUGAGACAUGGAUGGUAUAUCCCAUGCGCUUCUUACAGCAUACGCAUGUAAAAGCUAUGCGAAGCCAUGAUUCUGCGACACGAUAU